AUGGAUGUUUAUAUUUCGGCAACUUUUGUACUCUUUAUCGCAUGUUCAUCAGCGGAGUAUAACACCAAUUUAAAACUGAAAAGAGAGUUACUGUCUCCUGAACGCUAUGAUCCUGUGUUCAGACCCGUCAAUAACACGUCUACCAAAAUUGAGUAUCAUUUAGUAUUGAAUUAUGCUGAAAUUCUACUAAUUGAGAGUGAACAGAUGAUGACCUUUAGUUUUUGGAUAGAAAUAAACUGGAUUGAUGAAUUUCUAACGUGGGAUCCUAAUUUAUAUGAAGGUAUAACAGAUCUUACAUUAUUACCAUCAACAUUAUGGACACCACAUUUCGGAAUGUUUAAUUCCAUCGGAGACUUCAAUAUACAAGUGAAUGACAGAUCGCUGUUGUCUGUUAACUAUACAGGAAUGGUUCUCUUGGAGCAAGGAAUGUAUGCCAACAUAGAAUGCAUAAUGGAUAUAACCAAGUUUCCAUUCGAUGUACAAGUCUGUGAAUUUCAUAUCAUAGAUCUCUAUAUGACAUCUGACAAAACAAGGUUUAAAGAUUUUGAAUUACUGUCCAGUUCAAUUUCUGGGAGCCAAUGGAUGGUACUGAGCCAUACUGGUCGAAUAGUAGAGAAAUUUGGCAAAUCAGCAGUACAAUUUCAAUUUAUCAUUAAAAGACUGCCAGAUUUUUAUCUCAUCACACUGGUUACUCCUCUGAUUGUCUCAUCGUUACUAAAUCCUAUGGUAAUACUGAUUCCAGCUUCAUCAGGAGAAACGGUUUCAGUAGCAGUCACCAUUCUCCUAUCCUACACCGUGUUCCUUAAUGUGGUCAGUGGUAUUCUGCCUAAAACAUCCUCGUCCAUAUCGGUGUUAUCAGUCUACAUCAUGAUAUUACAAGGACUAAGCGCUGUGUAUACUAUCAUAUGUAUUAUUUUAGUCAAAAUGGAUAUCAAGCACAACCUAUUCAACUGCUUGAGGAAACGAUCAGCGCGCGUUGAUCCAAAUAUGAAAGCGUUUUCGUCCAAGGAAACGAAUAAGGAAUAUGUCAAAGUUACAAACUGUAAUGUACAAUUAUUGUUAUAG